AAGGGUCUGCACUGAGGAUGCGGCGAAGACAAUGGCGCUCUAGGGCAGCCUUGGGGGUCUCCACUGGCCCUGUUUUUGGAGGGAAACGAGGCGCUCCGCCUCAAGGGCGCGUCAACGGGGCGGGAGCUGCGCCUUAAAAGGCCUCCGAGGGAGGGACGGAGGGAAGGCGUCAGCAUUUCGGCCCCUUCUCUCUGCUUUGGCCUGGAGGGAAGAGAGCCUCACACGGGAGGGUUUUCUCCUCAGACUUGCUUGGAGGGGAAGAAGUGGUGGGAGCAGAGGGAAGCCAAGCAAAGACGGAGAAGGCUAAACUUUAAAAAUGCCCUCAGAUGUUCCAAGACAAGUAGGAGUGUGGAGACAAACACGAGCUCUGUUGUACAAGAACUGCCUAGUUAAAUGGAGGACUAAAAAAACUAGCUGUCAGGAAGUCCUGAUCCCAAUUAUUUUGUUAGGUUUACUAAAACUAAUAAUCAUGGCGAACCCCAGCAAACCACAUGACGAGGUGUCUGAUUCAUAUCCUAAAACUCUAGAUCGCUCCAGGAUUUCUGAGUUCAUUUUUGGCUAUACACCAGAGAGUAAUGAAACAAAUCAAAUCAUACAAACAGUGUUUUCAGAAUGCUACACAGAAGGAAGAAAUGCAACAGGAUUCCUGAAUGAGCAAAAAAUGGAAGAGGCUAGGUCUCAUAGCCCCAAAACGUUUGUAGGAAUAAUUUUCAAUGACUCAAUGUCCUAUCAUCUCAGAUUUCCUCCUGAAGUCGAAGAUUCAAUGGAUUCUGAAACAUGUGAAGCUGAAAAAUACUGGCGCUAUGGAUUUGCAGCACUACAGAUCUGUCUUGAUGCUGUGUUGAUAAAGUUCAAGACCAAUCAUUCAGUUUUGGAAAAGCUGGAAUCAACACAAGCCAUCAUGAUGGGAAAGUCUGCUGGUACCGAAAUAGAUCGUUACAUUCGCAUGGUUAUAUUAAUUUACCUUGUGGUUGCUUUUUCACCAUUUGGUAAUUUCUUGGCCAUCCACAUUGUGACAGAGAAAGAAAAAAACCUGAAAGAAUUCUUAAUAGUAAUGGGACUUCACGACACAGCUUUUUGGCUUUCUUGGGUUUUACUCUACGCCAGUCUGGUUUUUGUCAUGUCCCUUCUCAUGUCGAUCAUAGCAACAUAUUCUUCACUCUUUGGUCAAAGUAGCACCUUUGUGAUAUUUCUUCUUUUUUUCUUAUAUGGAUUAUCCUCUAUUUCAUUUGCUUUUAUGUUAACUUCUAUUUUCAAAAAAUCAACGUAUGCUGGCUCAGUUCAAUACUUUGCAACCCUGGCUUUUGGUAUUCUGGGCCUGACUGUUGUCUUGGUGGAAGAUUUUCCAAAGUCCUUUAUGUGGUCACUAAGCCCACUGUGUGAGUGCACAUUUUUAGUUGGCAUUGCACAGGUUAUGCAUCUGAAAGAUUAUGAAAGUGGAGCUGUUUUCUCCAAUUUAACUCUCGGCCCAUAUCCACUCAUUAUUGUUUUUACCCUAUUGGCCCUUGAUAGCACACUUUACCUGCUCUUGGGAGUUUAUUUGGAUCAGGUGCUUCCAGGGGAAUAUGGAUUGCGACGAAGCUUUUUUUACUUCCUCAAGCCAUCAUUUUGGAUAAAACGAACAAGAAAUUAUAAAGAAUUAUAUGAGAGCAGCAUUGGUGGAAAUGUGGAUAUCAACGAGAUCGUUGAACCUGUAUCUUCUGAAUUUCAGGGAAAGGAAGCUAUAAGGAUCAGCUGUGUGCAGAAAACUUUUGUCAAAAAAGGUGAAACUGUUGAAGCUCUGAAAAGUCUGUCCUUUAACAUAUAUGAAGGUCAGAUCACAGCCUUGCUUGGACAUAGUGGAACAGGAAAAACGACCUUAAUGAGCAUUCUGUGUGGACUGUGCCCACCUUCUGACGGAUUUGCAAUGAUAUAUGGAUGCAAAGUUUCUGAAAUAGAUGAAAUGCUAGAGAUGAGAAAGAUAAUAGGAGUUUGCCAGCAAUUAGAUGUAUAUUUUGAUGUGUUAACAGUUCAAGAGAAUUUAUCAAUAAUUGCCUCAAUUAAAGGCAUACCUCCCAAUGAUAUGAUACAAGAGGUCCAAAGAGUUUUACUAGACUUGGACAUGCAAUCCAUUAAAGAUAACCAGGCUUCAAAACUUAGUGGAGGACAGAAAAGAAAACUGGCAGUUGGAUUUGCAGUCCUUGGAGAUCCAAAGGUAUUACUCUUGGAUGAACCAACGGCUGGCAUGGAUCCAUGCUCUCGACAUACAGUUUGGAACCUCCUCAAAAACAGAAAAGCCAAUCGGGUGACAGUGUUUAGUACCCAUUUCAUGGAUGAAGCAGACAUUAUUGCAGAUCGGAAAGCUGUGAUUUCCCAAGGAAUGCUGAAAUGUCUUGGCUCCUCUCUCUUCCUUAAGUCAAAAUGGGGAAUUGGUUACCGGUUGAGUAUGCACAUAGACAAGUACUGUAACACCGAAGGCACAGCCUCUUUGAUCAGGCAGCACAUUCCCGAAGCCAGCUUGUUAAAGCAGAAUGAAGAGCAGCUUGUAUAUGCCUUGCCUUUCAAAGACAUGGACAAGUUUUCAGCACUGUUUGCUGAUCUAGAUAUUCAUUCCCAUUUGGGAGUUAUUUCUUAUGGAGUUUCCAUGACAACCUUGGAGGAUGUGUUUCUCAAGUUGGAAGUUAAAGAUGAAAUUGACCAAGCAGAUUUUGGUGCUUCCAAUCCUGAGCAAACUGAAGAGGAAGCCAAUGGCAAAUUCCUUGAUGAAGUAGAGCAAAGCCUGCUAAUGUUAUCUGAGACAAAAGCUACUACUCUGAACAAUAAGGCACUUUGGAAAAAACAGGUCUUCACAAUAGCAAAAGUUCAUUUCCUUAGCAUCAAACGUGACACUAAAUCAAUGGCUGAAAUAUUCUUGUUUUUUGUAAUGUUUCUGGGUAUUGAGAUACUUAUUUUUAAUAUGUAUCAUCAGCACUACUUCAAAAAUGCUGUCAAAAUGUCUCCAGACCUUUACUUCCUUAAACCAAACGAAAUUCAUAAAUACAAAACCAGCCUCCUUGUUUCAGAUUUCACUGGCAUUGAUGAUAUCCUCAGUACCCUUAGGAAUCGGAAUAUUCUGACAGAAACGUUCAAUGGCAGCAAUUAUGUGUCAGUCGCUCCCCACAAUGCAGCAUUAAACAUCUCUCAGUCAGGCAAGAGCUACAUCUUUACUGCUGCAUUUAACUGCACCAUGGAGCAUUCUUUACCCGUUAUAAUAAAUAUUAUUAGCAACCUAUACCUGCACAGUUUAAAUGUAACGGAAAACAUAUGUGUCUGGACUAGCUCUUUCUUUGGUAGAGUUACUGAUCGAUUUUUUGUGAUAGUGCUGAUUCUUCAAGGCGUUGGUUUAGCAGUCAUCAUAGCUGUGAUACCAUCCCUUUAUGCCAUGGAGAAUGCAGAAAACCACAGGAUCAAAGCCUACACUCAACUUAAGAUAUCGGGCCUUUAUCCAUCUGCCUACUGGUGUGGAAAUGCCUUAAUUGACAUUCCUUUAUACUAUGGUUUUCUUCUUCUUAUGCUUGGAACAUUAUAUAUCGUUCAUCGUGAUUUUAAUUUUAUUCCGGUAGAGUUUCUUGCUGUGGGUGUUUCCUUUAUCGGCUAUGUGCCGUCAGUAAUUCUGUUCCAUUAUAUUGCUUCCUUUACCUUCAAAACCAUACAAAACACUCAGGAGUUUUGGUCUUUCAUUUUUUCAGUGGGAGCCUUGAUUUGUUUUCUUGUUACUGACCUGGCUUAUCUUUAUUGGUAUUCAACAGCUGUUAUAAUUCACCUUUGCUUUUGUGUAUUCAUUCCAAUCUACCCUCUUAUUGGGUGUCUGAACUCUCUUCUCCAGGCUUUCUUCAAACAUGGUCAAAAUAGAGAACAAAAUACAGAAACAUUAUUGGCAUCAGCAGUAGCGCCUUAUGUUCAUUGUGUGAUUUGGCUCUUUCUUCUGUGCUAUCUUGAAGUGAAAUAUGGAGGCAAGUCAAUGAGAAAGGAUCCAAUUUUCAGGACUCGUGUGAAAAACCGGCCAUGGAAGUUCCAAGAUGUGCCAUUGGAUGAACACAAUGAUGAAGAUGUUGUGGCUGAGAGGCUGAGGGUUAAAAAUAUGUCAAGUUGCGAGAGUACUGAGGAGAAACCUGCAAUUUUGGUCAGCAAUUUACAUAAAGAAUAUGAUGAAAAGACAGAUUUUCUUCUAGGGAAAAAAAGGAAGAAAAUGGCAGCAAAUCACAUCUCUCUUUGUGUGAAAAAAGGGGAAAUCCUGGGAGUGCUAGGUCCCAAUGGAGCUGGGAAAAGCACACUGAUUAAUAUUCUGGCGGGAGAAGUGGAACCAACCUCAGGCCAGGUGCUGAUAGAUGAUCAUUCUGAGGCUGAAAAUAACGACAACGAUGCCAUGAGAUUUAUGGGAUACUGUCCACAAACAAACCCUCUAUGGCCCAACAUCACAUUGCAAGAGCAUUUAGAAAUUUAUGGUACUAUUAAAGGAAUAAGUGCUAGUGAUAUGGCUGAAGUCAUAAAAUGCAUUUCCAAUGCACUUGAUCUCAAGGAACAUCUGCAGCAAACCACAAAGGAACUCGGAACAGGGAUCAAACGAAAGUUAUGUUUUGCCUUAAGUAUGUUUGGCAGCCCCCAUGUCACUCUGCUAGAUGAGCCGUCCACUGGUAUGGAUCCUGUAGGAAUACAGCAGCUGUGGAAAGCGAUCCGAGCAGCUUUUAAAAGUAAACAGAGAGCAGCUAUUCUGACAACUCAUUAUAUGGCGGAAGCCGAGGCUAUAUGUGAUCGAGUAGCUAUCCUGGUGUCUGGAAAGUUAAGAUGUAUUGGAACAGUUCAACAUCUGAAGAGUAAAUUUGGAAGAGGUUAUUUCUUAGAAAUGAAAUUGAAAGAAGUUCCAGAUAUGUUGCAGAAGGAGCGUAUUCAAAGGAAGAUUUUCCACAUAUUUCCAAAUGCAAUUUGUCAGAAAAGUUUUUCCUCAAUUUUGGCUUAUAAAGUUCCAAAGGAAGAUGUCCACUCGCUUGCAGAAUCUUUUUCUGAACUAGAGGAAGCGAAACACACCUUUAAUAUAGAAGAAUACAGCUUCUCUCAAGCAACACUGGAGCAGGUAUUUGUGGAACUUGUCAAAGAACAAGAAGAGGAAGAUAACAAUUUUGGAACACUAAAUGGAACAAUCAGUUGGGAACGAUCUCAAGGGGAUCGGGUUGUUUUUUGAUCUUUUCUAUUUUCAAUAGCUUCAUUUCUCAGGUUUUUAAAGAGGUGAUGUUUUGGCAUGCCUGGCGAGGAUGAUAAUUUGAAGCCCACAUCAAUAAUAAUUUAUCUUUUUCCUUAUUAUUAAUGUUAUAAAUACUCUUAAAGUACCUAAUAGUAUUGUUACUAGUGCAUGACUUCCUUUUUUAAUGAAAGUUUCCAAUGCUUUUGUUUCUUUUUUGCUUGAUAAUGGUAGUGGAAAGAAGGCACUAUACCAGGCAUGAGCAAACUUUGGUGCUCCAGGUGUUUUGGACUUUAACUCCCACAGCUGGUAGGCUUAUGAAGUGUGGGAGUUGGAGUCCAAAACUCCUGGAGGACCGAAGUUUGCCCAUGCCUGCACUAUACAGUUAAGGAGAAUUUAUUAUUUUCUGUUGUAUCUUUAUUGAGUUUAUCCAGAUUUACAAGAUUAGUGCACAACAUAUAGCAAGAUUCUACCAUGGACAUUGAUUUUUAUUGAUUUUCCACAAGCUUUCUAUCAAUUUUAUGGCAUCAAAAGUUUUUGGUAUUGAGUGCUGUAGAGUUUGAGUAUUAUGAUUCCGGAGACAAGGGUUCAGUUCUCUGCUCAGCCAUGAAAACCAACUUGGGUGAGUUACAAACUUUCAGCCCUAGAAAAAACCAUAAUACGGUCACCUUAAGGUUACCAUAAGUCAGAAACAACUUGAAGGCAUGCAACAACUCUGUUGUAUGAGAAAGAUUUCUUGGAGAGAAAAAGCCAUAUUUGUGUCUGGAUCCAAUCCACUCUUGACCUUCUGUUUAUAUCACCGUUUUUGAGUACCAUUUUAAGAAUCACUUGGUACAAAAUUAUAAGAAGAUGAUUUCAUGACAUUCACUUAGAAUCUGAAGUACAAUUUUGUACUCACUUUUGCCAAGAGAAGUUUGUUUAUGAUCAACUUGCCCAAUUUCCUUCAAGUUUUAUUUAUUUAUUUAUUUAUUUAUUUAUUUAUUUAUUUAUUUAUUUACAGUAUUCUAUUUUGCUCUUCUCACCCCAAAGGGGACUCAGGGCGGAUCACAGAACAUACAUAUGCGUAAAACAUUCAAUGCCGUUUAUACACUAAAAAGGCUGACAAUUGUACAUAGACUGAAGUAUAUAGGCUUUCCCCAUCUUCAGCUUCUUGGAGGCUUGUGCUUGGUUCCAGCCAAGGGGGGGGGGGGCAGGGUGCUGUUGCUCCAUCUCCCUGCCUUUCCCAAGAGCUUUGUUCGCAAACUUCCUCCUUGAUCGAAUCACCGUCUUUUUUCUCUCAUUUCAUUAUGGGUGCCUUAAAAUACCUCCCCACUUUUAAGCGGAACCUAUUUAUCUACAUACAUUUUGCUUUCGAACCGCUAGGUAGGCGGGAACUGGGCUAAAGGCCAGGAGCUCACCCUGACCCGGGCUUCGAACUGUCAACCUCUUGAUCGACAUGAUUUACUACAGCUGGUCGUUUAACCUGCUGUGCUAAAGCCCAGCCCAUUUUAUUACAGUUUUCUGCUAUGAUGUUUGUGUGACAAUCAAAUGAUAAAUUAAUCUCGAAUCAGUUGUUAUAUUGGUGACCCAAGAGUCAAAUAUAGCUUGUAAUGUGCAAUUAACUAAAAAUAUAGAAUGUAUAAUUUUGAUGCAAAUCAAUAAUGGAACUUUUGAUAUACUUUAGCAUCUCUAUUUGAUAAUAUUUUUCAAAUGAAGCCUUAAUUUAAUUGAGGGACAAUGUUGUAGUCCCCUUUUCUCAUUUAUGUUAUAUAAUCUAAACAUAAUCUAUAGCAAUGCAGGUAAAGUUAGUGUAAGUAUCAUGUUAAUAUCUGGUAAAACAUACUCUUGCUGGACUCAAUUGAAGUGUACCUGAAAUGUACCUGUACCUUAAGCCAUUCUAAAUUACCUAUUAUUCAUUAAUAUCCAAGUACAUAUACAAAGAAUGUAAUAAAUCCACUACAAUAUACUUUCUUUUAGUAAUCAAAACUAUCAUUACUGGAGAUUGUUACUGUCAAUUAUCAACUAUGCAUUGCAUGCAGAGAUACAGCGAAGCAGAGUUCACGAAAUGCUAACUCAAAAUUCAUGUAUAUUCCUUGUAAACAUUUAUUAUAGUAUUUGAAAAUUCACUAUAAUUUUUGCUGGAUUUCAACAUACACAAUCUAUUAUAUAUUUCUCAGGCAAACCUCUUCGCAUCCAGUUCUUAAAUGUUAUGUCUAUCUAACUUUGUGGCUUUUCUAUACAUUAUAACUGUAUUCUCAAUUCACUUCUGACACGAUAAAUAAAUAAAUGUCUAUCAAAAUGUG